CAGCGGCAGGCAUUCGAGGAGAUCAUCGGGCAGUAUAACAAGCUACUAGAGAAGUCUGACCUUCAUGCAGUGCUGGCUGAUAAGCUUCAAGCAGAAAAAUAUGACAUGCAGAGCAGACAUGAGAUCAGUCCAGGGCAUGAUGGCACAUGGAAUGAUGCUCAGUUGCAGGAACUGGCACAGCUGAAGAUAAAGCAUCAAGAGGAGCUGACAGAGCUGCAUAAGAAACGUGGCGAGUUGGCCCAGUCUGUAAUUGAUCUGAAUAACCAAAUGCAGCAAAAGGACAAAGAGAUGCAGAUGAAUGAAGCAAAGAUUGCAGAAUAUUUGCAAAAGAUCUCUGAACUGGAAACAGAGUGCCAGGAAUUGCGUAGCAAACUGCAAGAUCUUGAGCGAGCUAAUCAGACACUGAAAGAUGAAUAUGAUGCUCUCCAGAUCACCUUCAAUGCCUUGGAGGAGAAACUGAGGAAAACUACUGAAGACAACCAGGAGCUGGUCUCACGUUGGAUGGCAGAGAAAGCACAAGAAGCCAAUCGUUUGAAUGCAGAAAAUGAAAAGGAUUCGAGGAGACGACAAGCCAGGCUGCAGAAGGAGCUAGCAGAAGCUGCCAAAGAACCCCUGCCUGUUGAACCGGAUGAUGAUAUUGAAGUGCUUGCAGAUGAAACCUCUGACACAGCUGAGGAGACAUCUCCAGUACGAGCUGUCAGCCGAACAUCCAGUAAGCGACUCUCCCAGCCAGCUGGAGGCCUUCUGGACUCUAUCACUAAUAUCUUUGGGAGGCGUUCUUUGUCCUCAUUCCCUGCUCCCCAGGAUAAUGUAGAGCCACAUCCAGGUGCCAGUAAAGAAGUGAGAGUGCCCACUACUGCCAUAUGUGUCUUUGAUGCACAUGAUGGGGAGGUGAAUGCAGUGCAGUUCAGCCCUGGCUCCCGGUUACUAGCAACAGGAGGCAUGGACCGGAGGGUUAAGCUUUGGGAAGUCUUGGGAGAUAGGUGUGAGCCCAAAGGUUCCCUCUCUGGUAGUAAUGCUGGGAUUACAAGCAUAGAAUUUGAUAGUGCUGGUUCUUACCUCUUAGCAGCUUCAAAUGACUUUGCCAGCAGAAUCUGGACGGUUGAUGACAAUCGAUUACGGCACACCCUGACAGGUCACAGCGGUAAAGUUCUGUCAGCCAAGUUCUUGCUGGACAAUGCACGCAUUGUUUCGGGAAGUCAUGACCGGACCCUCAAGCUCUGGGACCUCCGCAGCAAAGUUUGUAUUAAAACAGUGUUUGCAGGAUCUAGCUGCAAUGACAUCGUAUGUACUGAGCAAUGUGUAAUGAGUGGACAUUUUGAUAAGAAAAUUCGUUUCUGGGACAUCAGGACUGAAAGCAUAGUAAAAGAACUGGAGCUGCUUGGAAGAAUCACAGCUCUGGACCUGAACUCAGAGCGAACAGAGCUUUUGACCUGUUCCCGUGAUGAUCUACUAAAGAUCAUUGAUCUGCGAGUUAGUGCUGUCAAGCAGACAUUCAGUGCCCAGGGAUUCAAAUGUGGUUCUGACUGGACAAGAGUUGUGUUCAGUCCUGAUGGUAACUAUGUGGCUGCUGGUUCAGCUGAUGGGGCCCUCUACAUUUGGAACGUGCUCACUGGGAAAUUGGAGAGGACGCUUGCGAAGCAUCACAGUUCUUCUAUCAAUGCAGUCGCAUGGUCACCAGCGGGUGCCCAUGUUGUCAGUGUGGACAAAGGAAACAAGGCUGUCCUGUGGUCUGAAUUUUGACUGGACGGAGGGUGAAAGGCAGAGCAUCCAGCGCCUCUGUGUAUGGUGGUGCUGGUCCGUGGCUGAACAGAAUGGAGACCCGAGCCCAGAUCCAUCCUGAGUCGGGAUAUUAACAAGCACAUGGGCUUCACUUUCCAGAGGAAAGUUCUAAAGCAACGGAGAAGGAGCCUGAGUCAGACUUCUUACGGCCGUAACUGCACUGUGGUACUCGGAUUCAGCAAGGGAUUAGCUGUUCUGGAUGGAGAAUGCUACUUAGUCAUGCCUUUACAUGCAGUAUCUAUGCACCAAGUGGAGCUGAAGAUACUAACGGGAUUCCUCACCAGACAGCUGUGCCAAAUACCCUGUCACACAAAUGUAUCUACAGCACUUCUGAGUUGGAAAUGUUGGAAAGAAGUUACUGUGUAUGCUGACUUAAUACAUGUCCUGUCUCCUGUGUUCUGUUCUUGUGGCCUAGUUCAGGCAUGGGGUGAGAAGAUCCUGAAACAUGGACAGGUCCUAGGCAGUCUGAAGUGUUGGAGUGGCUUUUAAAGAGGGUCUCCCGCAGCUCUGGCAGCUCUGCCUUUGAGUUAUCAGCUCAAUUCAGAUCUGCUCCGAUCCUGACACGGGUUCUCCAGCACUGUUGUGAAUUUUUUGUAUCAGUUUCACCUGUUCUUAAGGCAAUGGUCCAUUCUUCAGGACUUGGGCACCCUUUUGUUAACAUGCCCUUCAACAGCUUGGGUGUCACAAAACAGGAGAUUUUUAAUCUUUUUAUUCCACAGGCAGUUUGGUUACUGGGCGUGAGGAGAGAGAAGUUCAACUUCUGUUGUGCUGCUGUGAUAAGGAAUGUAGUCAUACUGUGACUUCGGUACCAGAGUAUAGAUGUUUGGUCCCUUUUUCUGUUCAUCCGUCCUGUCCUGGAGGCUGUCAGUAGAACACAGGGGAGCAGUGGGGUUAAAUCCCAAAUCCAUUGUUUUGGUGCUGGCAAUUCCAGGCCACUUGCCCCCUUCUUGAGCACACGUGCAAUAUUCCUGUUUGCGCUGGAGCCCUCUCUGUGCUACGGAGCAGUGUCUUGACUCUGUCCCUCUUUAAGCAUCCAAAACCAUGAUGUGGCUGGGUGUGAGCUACCUGGCAGAACUUUAUCCAGCCAAACUUUUCCACAUCAUCUGGGCCUCAAGACAAGCCACCAGCGUUUUAUUGCCUUUUUAUUUGCACUUUAUUUUCUUCUUUCCUGAUAGUGUUUUACUAAGGAAGUGUGUUCUUUGGAAGGCUGGAUUAGGGGGCAGCCACUAUAACAGGCAUCUCUCUAACCUAGCCUUUUGUUCAGACACUUUCUGCAGAGGGGAGUUAGAGUAUAUGGGGCAAAGUUUUUAUUUAUUCAGCUGCCCAUAAGAACUUGAUUGUAAAUAAACCUGUGUUCUGCUUUUAAAACCCCA